AUGGAGGAAGUUCGAGUACAGUUGGGGUACACAAAUAUGUUUUGUGUUGAUGCAGUUGGUCACAGUGGAGGGUUGGCAAUGUUAUGGUCGAGCAUAGUGCAACUCCAGAUAAUAACAUAUUCUAGCAAUCAUAUAGAUACAACUAUAUCUCUGGAUGUAGACACGCCCACCUUGCGGUUUACGGGUUACUAUGGCUACCCGGAGGGACAUAGGCAGAGAGAAGCCUGGCGAAUGUUGCGUCAACUGGCAGGGGAGAGUUUAUUGCCAUGGGUAAUCAUGGGUGACUACAACGACCUUAUGUACCAGGCUGAUAAAAGGGGUCAUGCGCCGCAUCCGCCGUGGCAGAUAAAUAGUUUUCGAGAAACGAUCGCAGACUGUGGGCUACGGGAAAUGCCUUUUGAUGGUGCACAGUUGACUUGGACUCGUUCCCGUGGUCGCCCAAACAUGGUUCAAGAGAAGUUAGACAGAAUUUUUGUAUCGCAUGAGCUGUUUUCUGAUCUCAGGGAGGACCGGUGUCGGGAAAUUGUUGUCAGAUCCUGGGAUGAUGCAGCAGGUAGGGAUGUCUUAACUAAGUUGCAAUGGUGUGGGCGUGAUAUAUGGCGAUGGGGGAGGAAUUAUAAUAAGGACUUUAUGCGGCGUAUUGAGAGUUGCAAGGCCACCAUGGAUGCUUUGCGGGAUCGGGUAGAUGCAGAAGGGCUCAUGAGGUAUGCCAGAGCUGAUAAUGAACUGUUGAGGCUGUUGGAGCAACAACAUCUCUUUUGGAAGCAACGUGCGAAAGAACAUUGGUAUAAGGGCGGGGAUUUGAAUAGCAAGUUCUUCCAUAACUCUGUAAAGACCAGGAGGCAUAAAAACAAGGUGAAGAGGCUUAAGGAUGGUUCCGGUAAUUGGGUACAGGGGGAGGAAACUGUCGGACAAGUCAUGUUAAGUUAUUUUGAGAAUUUGUUUAAACCGGACAAUGGGGACAUGCAGGAGGUUAUUGAGAUUAUUACAUCCCAGGUCUCUGCUUUGGAUAAUGCUAAACUGUUAAGGCCGGUAAGUGAAGAGGAAGUCCGGAGAGCGGUGUUCCAAAUACAUCCAGAUAAGUCUCCAGGGCCGGAUGGUUUAGGGCCGGGAUUUUUUCAGCAUUAUUGGGACAUUGUUGGCAAGGAUGUCACGAUGUUCUGUCAUGGGUUUAUUGAAAUGGCCAAGUUACCUGAGAAGGCGAGUGACACUUUCAUUGUGCUGGUGCCGAAAAAACCAAGCCCGGAGUCGAUGGCGGAUUUGAGACCAAUUGCACUCUGCAAUGUGGUGUACACAAUUGUCGCGAAGGUAUGUGCGAACCGAAUGAAGUCAUUGCUAGAUUAUCUCAUCUCGGGGUCGCAGGGUGCGUUUGUGCCUGGGCGCCUAAUAACGGAUAACGUGAUGCUCGCAUAUGAGGUGCAUCAUUAUUUGAAACGGAAAACACAGGGGAGGGAAGGGGUAGAUGCGUUGAAGGUAGAUAUGAGUAAGGCGUAUGACCGGGUACAGUGGGAUUUCUUAGAGGCAGUUUUGGUUAGAAUGGGUUUUGCCAGGAGAUGGGUGGAUGUGCUACUGGAGUCUGUUAGUGCGGUCCGAUAUCACAUUUUGCAUGAACAGCGUGAGUUAGGGCUGAUAAUUCCCGGGCGUGGUUUGAGACAAGGGGACCCGUUAUCACCAUCACAGCCGGUUAGGGAUGAUGUGGUUCGGAUUCUAGGGGUGGCGGAGGGCAAUAAGGCUGGCAAAUAUUUGGGCCUCCCUUCGCUAGUGGGUAAAAGGAAGAAGGAGAUUUUGGGAUAUUUGAAGGAACAGAUCUUGACAAGGGUCCGCAUUUGGAAUUCGAAGUUCCUGUCUCGGGCAGGUCGGGAGGUGCUGUUGAAGAAUGUUAUACAAGCAAUGCCAUCAUAUGCUAUGAUGGUUUUUCUGUUACCGACUGGCUUGUGUAAGGACAUUGAGACUUUAAUGACCGAGUAUUGGUGGACGGGCUCUGUGGGCUCCGGGAAAGUUUGCAUAAACCAUGUGAUUCUUGGUAUUGGUAUUGGGACCAAAAAGGGGCCUAUACAGCUGCGUGGUGAUUUGUUGGCGAAAUAUGUGAUGGCGUGUUGUGGCAUUUGGACUAGUAGAAACGAUAAUGUUUGGAGUGGUAUUGCUUUUGACAUAAAUUUGAUUUUGCGUAGGACCAUGAGCUUUUGGGAGAACUGGAGGCAGGCUCAAGUGGCUACUCACCAGCAUACAAAUGGUGAUAUUGCUACUAACAUCACACGAUGGACACCACCACCAGUAGGCAAGUUAAAGUUGAACUCGGAUGCCACUAUUAAUCAGGUGGCAAAUGCAAUGGGGUUUGGGUGGGUUUUACGGGAUGAAGAUGGUGCCUUCUUGGCGGCUAAAAACAUGCAGGCUCCCAGAUCUUACACUGUUGAGGAGGCCGAGGCAAUGAGUCUGAGAGAGGCUUUAAGUUGGCUAAAGGAUACGGGCAUGGGUGAUGUUGUGGUAGAGAUAGAUUCUCAACUUGUUUUUCAUGCAAUUCUUACUAGUCCUUUUAGUUCGGCUUAUGGUUUUUUAGUAGAUGAUAUUAGAGAAUUGGCGUCUAUGAUUGGUGAUGUUCAAUUCGGUUGUGUUAGGCGAUCUGCGAACUGUGCCGCCCACAUUGUUGCUAGGGAGGCCUUUUCUGUGGCAGGUUGCGGGGAAUGGUUUGAUGUUCCUCCCGAUUUUUUGAUUAGCUGUCUGGCUAAUGAUUUAAUGCAAUAA